AUGGCCAGUUUAGACCGCUAUGAAGACUAUCUGGCCGAUGCCACCCAAGGAGGGGCAGCCGCAAUCUUUCUGGCUGUCCUCCUCUCCAUUGCAUUCUAUAAUGCGAUUGAGCUUACAAUCCUCGUAUUUGUCACAUUUCACCGCUACGAUGGAUUGUAUUUCUGGUCCAUCCUAAUGUCAACUGUCCUUGGCAUCGCACCUUCCACCAUCGGUGCGCUGCUGAAGUAUCUGUCCAUUGGGCCAUUAUGGCUCGCACUCUCUUUGUCCACAAUUGGUUUCUACUUUACGGUCCCUGGGCAAUCCCUUGUUCUCUACUCAAGACUCAGUCUAGUCUUACACAACACUAAAAUUCUCCGGUUUAUCCUUUACCUCAUCAUUAUCGAUGCAGUGAUCAUCCUCCCUCCAACAAUCAUUUUAACAUUUGGGUCAGCAUAUAUCCAAGAACACCAUUGGAAAACCGGGUAUUAUGUUAUCGAGCGGCUAGAGGUGACUUGGUUCUGUGUGCAGGAACUCUUCAUUUCUCUCGUCUAUAUCUGGGAGACAAUCAAGUUACUCCGUCUCGACCCAGGGAAACACAGUCGUCGAAGCCGUGUUAUAUACGAGCUUUUGGCGCUAAACCUUAUUGUCAUUCUGAUCGACAUAGCACUUCUGGUUACUGAAUACCGAGGCCAUAUUUUUGACCAGGUUGUUCUCAAAUGCUUUGUCUACAGCGUGAAGCUGAAGCUUGAAUUUGCUGUUCUGGGGAGGUUGGUAAUUAUUACGACUAGGAGCCACUAUCAACCAACUAUCGACGAAACGCUCGAUAUUCCAGAUUCCAUGCAGUUUCACCCGACAGAAGAUUUUGAAAACCACCACUGGAUGAGAUGA